ACACCAACACCAGUUUCUCUAAGAAUCGGUGUCAGUCCACCUCCCUUCGGAGUCGGAGAUGGCAGACGAUCUGCAGGACUUCGCAGCGACGACGAUGAACGAGCUGUUGGGGUGGUACGGCUACGAGAGGCUGGACUCGCAGGGGGCGUUCCCCAAGGGGGAGGAGCCUCGCUCCGGAUCGCCCGCAGAAGGAGCUUCAGAAAACAUUUCCGGUGGAGCAUCCCGCCGAAACCGCGUCUGUAACUGGUGUCGACUGGCGCGCCACACGGUGAGCCAGGUGAACUUGCUGGACGGCGAGGAGCGGCUCCAGUUCUGCAGCAGCAGGUGCCUCAACCAGUACAAGAUGCACAUCUUCUGCCGGGAGACGCAGGCCUAUCUCCAGUCCAACCCCUUAAGCGAGCACGGCGGGGAGGACUCUAAGCUCAUCACGCCGGACCUGUGGCUCAGGGAUCCGGCGCCGAUCACAGACGCCAGGGAGAGACGUCCGGGUCACAAAAAGCUCGCAAGGAAGCGCAUGCGCUCCCGGCCGCCCGAAACCCCUCCGCCCUUCCUCAGCCCGCCCGCCGCUCACUCGGCGUCCACUCCGCCCUUUGGCCACGCCCACCAGCAGCUCGGAGCCAAUAGGACGGUUCUGCCUCCGAAGGACUCGGUUCCUCCGACUCGAACGAACACGGUGUGGCUGCCCUACCCCCUGUUCGUCCCCCUUCCCGUUCCCAUACCGAUUCCCAUUCCUCUGCACAAAUUCCUGCCCGAGGUCACGUGUGAACCGUCCUCGACCAACGAGAGCCAGACUCUGAACUCCUCGAGCUCGGAAGACGAGCAAGCCGCAGAAAGAAGUUUUCCAUAGAGCCGCUAUCCUGCGAUAGAGCGAGCGCACAAAUGUAAAUAACCAGGUUCCGGCAUCGCCAACCGGCGACACUGCAAAUAAAGGAAU